AUGAAACUUGUACAAGUAUUGCUAAUUUGUACGGCUUUAAAGCCAAAUUAUGGCCAGAGCUCGUGGAAUGGCGAAAUAUCAAGGAAGGCUACGCUCGCCGACAUUAAGAUAUUGCGAGUCAAUAUGUACGGCGAACCUUACUAUAUGAGGGUGGGCCAUGAAGUAAACCCCAAUCGCAGCCACUUUGACAUUCAUGUACAACUCAACCGCGAACUAGGAAGUAACUAUUUGAUCAUGAAUAUUAAGCUGCGAUCCAAACCUGAAGAUAGCAAAUCCUUUGUAACCCUUUUCGAAUUGAAGCGCUUGGACUUCUGCGGUUUCCUCACCGAGUAUAAGGACAACUCAAUGUUACGCUCCAUGAUCAGGAAAAGUAUGCAGUUAUCGCACAUAAUUGUGUGCCCCUUACGAACGGGUAAUUUUUCCAUAAGAAACAUUUCCGUGACGGAGAAUCUCUAUCCGGAAAACCUACAAAAGGGUCUUUACAAGUUCUUUGUGGAAAUCGUGGAAGCCACUGGGGAGAUAGCUAAAAUAUUCGCCAUGCAGGUGACCACUGCAUUGUAUUGUUGUUAA